CCUUUUGAAAAUAACACGUAACAAACUGCACUUUAAUAGCGCUCCGAAUUUCGUAUAAAAGACUCGCAAAGUACUGCAGUUGAUCAUAGCAUACGUUUCAUAAGUCUUUUCUUUUCGACAAGCAACGGUCCUUCGCAGACUGUACUACAAUGAGAAUUUUGAUUGCUCUAGCCUGCUUGUUGGCACUGGCGGGAGCUGCAAGUAUUGAAAAGGAUGAAGUCAACUCAGAAGUUUUACGCGAAUCGGUCGAAGCGAAUGAGCCUAGUUCAAUCGUUUACAAGACUGAUGCGGAUGUCAACGCGGUCGACAAUAACGUCUACCAAACCGACGAUGAAGAAGCCCCUGCUGCCCGUAACGAAGCCAUUAAUGGCCGUAACAGAUACGGAUAUGGUAGAAACCUCGUCUCGUCUAAUGAACCCCAACCAGUUCCGAAAACUGAUACAGAUUUCAGUGGAAGCUACGAAAGCAAUGGUGACGAUUCAAAUGACUUUGAUAGUAUUGGCGUUUCGCACGUGUAUUACCCCGUAGCUUAUGGUGAUGGUGUCGAUACCCGAGGAGGGUUUGGCCGUGGAGGAUAUGGGCGUGGAGGGUUUGGCCGUGGAGGAUAUGGCCGUGGAUCCUAUAGUCGUGCAUUCCCUGUUUAAGGUUAUGGUCAACAAAUACAAAAUAUGAUUUGAAAUUUUACUAUUGGGGUUUAUUUUUGGUCGGUAAUGAUAUAUUUUUUUCCAACUACGUCAAAUCUUUUGACUUCCAUCGAAUUGUUGGUGUUAUUGUUAAACGUUUUCAUGGCAAAGUGGUUUAAUUUGUUAUGUUGCGAGGCUCUUCUCUUUUUUCAUCAAUAGAAAAGCCUAAAAUUCCAGCCUCCCAAUAGAAAUUUUAAAAAAUAAUUAUUUGUUUAAAAUGAUUCAAUAAAUUUAUUCCUGCAUUGAU